AUGUUGACACAAGCAAAUCAGCCACUUCUUGUCUCUGGAUUAAAAAUGACAGCAGAUGAUGAGAUAAACUCUACUGUUGCAACCUCCAUUCAGCAGAUGAAACAAGAACUUGCAGCCAAACGAGCUGAAAACCAUAAAUUAACAGAUCAAGUCAACUGCCUCAUUUCGCUCAUUAAAAGGUCCUGGACUGGAGAUGUGAAUGCAGUUCUCCACUUGUCAAACAUUGUUGGUAUGGAACCUCCACCACACUUGUCUAUGAGUGCUGGCCAAGAUGCUCGACCAAAUUCACAGUUGUAUCCAGCUACAAUGACAAGAUGUGAGAAACACUGGGAGCGCCUCACAAUAAAGCUGUUGAACAAAGAGUAUCUGUCGGUUCAGAGAGAGAUUAGAGAAUAUCAGCAACGACAUUUUGAAAGUAGACAAGCUUACAUGGAUGCUGUACUUCAAGAUCAUCAGCAAACUAUGUCCAGAACUGCCCUGCACCGUAAAAGCGAUCUAGCUGACAUGAUGGAGGAAACAGACUCAAAGUUCAUUCGAUAUAACAAGGCUUUGCAGGCAGUAGGAUCAGGUGCUGCAGGUACAUUCAGACAGGUGCAGUCUGCAGGCCAGAGAAGGAAAGUCCCUACCCACAAUGCAUUUGUAAAUCUAGAACUGUCACUUCGUGAUAUUGUUGGGGGUAAUCCUCCGAGUAGUCCACCUCGAAUUCUAAAACCAUCAGCAAAUGCUUACAGGCGGCCCCUGUCAUCACUUCCACACAGACGUCUGCCACCAAACACUUACAAUGAUCCGGCAAGAUAUUCUCAGGGAAACGUGUUUGCACUGAAUGAAAAUGACGGCAUCAAGGAGCCUCGAGCUGUGAGUGCAUCAAGUCUGAGAGCUGGGGACAUCAUUCGAUCAAGACCACGAAGUGGCAGCAAUGUUAAAAAACAUCUGGCAGAUCAGAGUAGAAAACCAGUAUUCGUUACACAAAAGGGUGAAAGGCCAUUAAAAUAUGAAACAGUACACCCAGUCGACAGCAAACCCAGAUCAGCUAAACACAGGGGAAGUUCUGCUGGUGGAUUGAAUACAAGAGUACCUGGCCAUUCCAAAGUACUGACUGUAUCUCUGACUGAUGUUAUUAGUGCAUCUAGCAAACCCACAUCUUCUACAGUGGCAGUUGGUUAUUCUGAAGAUGAUCCAAAUGAUGAGAUGAACAAGAAGAAAGAGCUUCAUGAAGACAAAGGUAAUGAAGAUGUUACUGUUGAUCAUGAUCACAGUGACAAUGAGAUUCCAAGCUCUCCUGCAGAUAAACCUCCGGUUGCUGUUCGGGCAAAGUCUGCAUUCCAACGGCGUCCAGCUUUCAUUGAUGAGUAUGCCAAAGAUGAGCAGAAACUGAACAACAUAGAAGAAGACUUCCAGAAAAAUGUGGUGAACUUGCAGAAAAAACUGGGUAUCAGUGACUCUGGGAUGGUUAACUUUGACUAA